UUCUAAAUGUUGGAUGUGUCUUCCGCUAAGGGGAAACUCUGCCGAAAUUUCGUGGACGCCGACACUUGUGAAAAUAUCCAGGGAGCUGUGUGUGGACAGCAAAGGGGAGCUGAAAUUCGUCAUUUCUCAAGGAGAAGAUGAAUGAGAGAGGAGGAGAUGCUAAUGGAAGAGGCGCUGUACAUGAGAAGACAAAUGAGCCGCCACCAUCGAAAGUUGAAGCUUUGGAUGGCUCCAACUAUGAGGAAUGGAGCGGGCGGAUGAGGAGUGCCUUCAAACGCUACAAGCUACUGAAGAUUGCUGUUGGGGAGGAGAAGAUGCCGGAGGAAGGCGAAGCACGCAAACGGUGGAUUGAGAAAAGCGCGGUGCUUUUCGACCUCAUCCUUCAAUCGGUCAACAAGGAGAUGUUCGAGCACAUCAAGGAUCUUGUGGAAGCGGAUGAUUCGGGUCCAAGGGCGUGGAAACUACUACGCGAUGUGAUUCAGCCCAACACUCUCCCAAUGGUGAUCGUGCUCGAGAAGGAACUUGCUGCCAUCUCCAUGCAACCAGGGGACGAUGUGAAGCCGGUCCUUGACAAGAUCAAGGACACCUAUGCGAGGAUGGCAGCAGCGGGCAGCAGCGUUUCUCAGCUACAGCAGUGCACCAAGAUCAUCUUGGUGUUGGACAAUUCUUGGGACAACCUCAUCCCCACCCUCAACUCUCAGCAAGAUCAAUGGACACCUGAGUGGCUAAGGCAGCAGAUUCUGCAGGAGGACUUUCGCAGACGCCAUGUGGGAGGUGGUGCUUCCACUAAGACUGCUGAGGGGUAUGGAGCUGCAGGGCGCGGCAGAGGAAGAGGGGGUUGGAGAGGCCGAGGCUGUGGGAGGAGCUUUGGCAGAGGUAGAGGCCGAGGUGACUAUAAUGAGGGGCAUGGGAGCUCUGGUGGCAGGGGGAGUACCAGAAUGGAGGGCACCUGCUGGUACUGCAAGAAGGUCGGGCAUCCUUGGUUCAAGUGCUUCGGCAGGCCGGAGGGAUGGGCACCUCCAGGCAUGAAGCCGCCAAGUGGUGAACGCACACAUGGUGGCGCUGUGCACGGCUCAGGUGCACAAGGUGAAGGUGCACAAGGUAAUACCUAUCCUGGGAUGUUUCUCAUGGUUGAGGAUGUGCAUGGGCAUGAGGGUGAUGUGGGAUCUGUGGGAAAGGUUGUGAUGCACCCUCUCACGCACUGGGUGAUUGAUUCAGGUUGCACCAGUCACAUGACCCCACGGGCAGAUUUGCCUGAUGAGGUAAAACCCCAUGGGAAGAUUAAGUAUGUGGCAGCAGCGUCAGGUGCUUUGCUCCCUGUCAUUGGUGUUGGGAAUGCCAAGGUUAAGGGAGCUAAUGGGGAACUUGUGGGGCUUGGGAAUGUUCUGCUGGUUGAAGGUCUGUCUGCUAACCUUCUCUCUGUGCGGCGGCUGCAGAAGAGUAAGGCCGAAGUGACCUUUGGACCAACCAGCUGCCGUGCUAAGCUUGGGAAGAAGGUGCUGUGGAGUCUGGAAGAGGAGACCAGCUACAUCAAGGACCUAUGGCAGCUGCCCAUCAUCCCUUGGAAUGGGAAGACUCCAACAGCAGCAACGGCAGCAGCGGCAAAGGCAACAGCAGGAGGAGAUGCAACUGCACCAACUGAUGGGGUCCUGGAAGCAGUCAAGAAAGUGCAGCAGCAGCAGACACAUGGUGAGGUGCUUGCUGGUGUGGAUGCGAGUGCGGCAUGGGCUAAGGCUUCAUCAAGGAGUGGUGAGGCCGAUUGGGAGACAUGGCAUGAGAGGCUGUGUCAUGUGAACUUCCCUAUGCUGCAGAAGUUGGUGAAGGAUGGGAGCCUGAAGGGCUUGGAGGUGAAAGGGGGAGUGAAGGAGAUAGGGAGCUGCCCUACAUGCUUGGAGACCAAGUUCUCCAAGUUCCCCUUCAACAGCACUACAGGACCAGCCAAGACCCCACUUGCACUUGUGCACAUGGAUGUGGUGGGGCCCACAAGAGCCCCUUCCCUCUCAGGCAGCCGCUAUUUCUUGACAAUUGUGGAUGACCACACUCGGGCAGUGUGGGUUUACCCUUUGAAGAGCAAGGGGGAGGUGGCAGCGGCUGUCCUUAAGGAGUGGAUGCCUAGAGCUCAGAGGGAAUGCGGACACAAGGUGAAGGUGAUCCACAGUGAUAAUGGUGGGGAGUUCAUUGGAGCUGAUUUUGAGGGGGAGUUGAAGAGGAAGGGGAUCCAACAUCAACUGACAGUGCCCUACAACCCGCAGCAGAAUGGCGUGGCUGAGAGGUUCAACAGGACCCUACAGGAGGGGGCACGCACUCUCCUUGGGCGUGCAGGGCUGCCUGAUCCGUUUUGGGUGUCUGCACUGAGGCAGGUCGCCCUUGUGAAGAACAGGGUGCUGGCAACAGUUGGGGAUAAGGAGUGGAUCCCAUAUGUCAAGUGGUAUGGGAGUGCUCCAGCUGUGAACAUGCUGAGGGCAUUUGGGUACAUGGUGGUGUUUCAUGUGUCCAAGGAGAAAAGGGGGAAGUUGGAGGCUUCUGGAAGAUGGGGUGUGCACUUGGGGAUUGCAAAGGAUCACAAGGGGUGGCUGCUAUGGGACUUGACCACCCAAAAGCUGACAGUGUCAAGGGAUGUGAAGUUUCUUGAGUCCCUGUACUACAAGGAAUGGAAGCAGCAGCAACAGAAGCUUCCAUCUACACCGCUCAUUGUGGAGGCAGAUGAGGUGCAGGGGCCUUCAAGACAGGUGGAGGUUGCAGUGUCUGAGGAGGAGAUGUCUGGGGUGACUGAGGAAGGGGGAGCAGCUGAAGUGGAGCAGCAACAGCAGCAGCAUGAGUCUCCACCUCGAGUUCCACACCCGCCUGAGCGACCUAGGAGGGAUGUGCGCCCUCCGGUGAGGCUGACCUAUGGGGGAAGAGGCAAGCCGAAUGUGGUGCAGGCUGGGAGUGUGGUUGAGCAGAUUGAGGAGGAUGAGAUCGCUCACUGCUACUGGGCACCAAUUCCUGAGCCCAAGACUCGAGAGGAGGCCUUGAAUGGACCAAAUGGGGAGAAGUGGAAGGCGAGUGAGGAUGAGGAGUUCGGGUCCCUAAUUGAGAACGAGACAUGGGACCUGUGUGACUUGCCUCCUGGGAAGAAGGCAAUCACUUCCAAGAUGAUCUACAGGCACAAGUUUGGACCUGAAGGGGAUCUGACCUGCUACAAGUCUAGGCUUGUAGCACGGGGGUUUCAGCAGACAAAGGGGAAGGACUAUGAUGAGGUGUUUGCUCGUGUGGGGAAAGGAACAACACUAAGGGUGCUGUUGGCGAUAGCUGCACUCCUGGGAUGGAAGAUACGGCAGAUGGACAUUGUGACUGCCUUUUUGAAUGGGAUCAUUCUGGAGGAGGUGCCUAAGUGGCAUUGGGUGAGGAGACUCCUUGAUAAGGAGGUGUGGCUGGAGAUAGUGAAGACCCAUCAGCAGGCAGCAGAUAUUUUCACUAAGCCUCUGGCGGAGGCGGAUCAUUGGAAGGGCAUGAAGCUUGCUGGGAUGAGUGUGCAUUGAGUAUGCAUGCUUGAGAUGUUGGUAUGGU